AUGACGACUAACUAUUUAGUGCCAAACACUAAACCGAUUAAUGGAAAUGUGUUUCAUUCAUUCGAAAAGAUAAAUGAAAUAUUCGCAAAGAAUGACGGUAGAAGAUAUUAUAGAGAACUUGAAAGUUCAUGCUAUGACUCUGAUGCUCCAUAUUUUGAUGAUAAACAAACUCAUUUAAGAAUUACAAAUCCGGCUCAUGAUGUGAACCAAUUAGGUGACACAUAUAUUAAACGCAAAGUUAAAGCAACUCUAGUUUCAAAUAAAGCUUUCACAUGUGAUGCCACUUUUAAAUGCAUGCGUUUAUUCGUUGGUUACAAAUCAUCAAAUCAAAGCUUUAAACAAUUAGAAGUAGAAACCGAAAGAGGUGAUGCCGGUUAUCUUCAGAUGGAUUGCGCCCGCGAAUCUUUCGCAUUUGCAACAUAUAAACCAAAAUCAGAAAGGAAAGUUAAAAAGUUUGUUCAUUCGUUAUAUAAUAAUGUUCAAAAAUAUGAUAACUCAGUAUGUGGUAAAUAUAUUGACCCUUCAGAAGUUUUCAAGAAAGCAAAUGAAGAAGUUGAU